CCCCCCACCCCCGCCCCCGCGGGAGCGGGCGACGGGCGUGAGCGCGAGGUGGCGGCAGCGGACGGGGAGCGGCGUCUACCGGGGCAGACGGUACAGUUUGUGUUGGAGCUGGCAUUGGGUAUAUUCAGGCCGAGGACUUGGUGGUACAACGGUUUUGGAUUCAAGUCAUGGUUUGCAGAAAAUAUGGCAGUUAUUGUGGGAAGCAGCAUAAUCCCUUAUGUGGGUAGGGAUUGAAAACCUUAGAAAUGGUAUCCCGGGCAAGAUCUGAGAUGACAGUAUCUUCAACCUUCAAGUUGUCACAGUGAAUUGUAGUGUGUCAGACUACACAGGGUGUCUCAGUUGAAAUUUCAAUUGAAAAAUUGGAGGAUUCCACUCAGGAAAUUGUAUCACGUUUGGUUGUUACAUCCCCUUAGUCUUCUCCUGGCUGUGACAAUUUCUCAGACUUCCCUUGUUUUUGAUGACCUUGACAGUUUUGAGGCGUACUCAUCAGAAAUGUCUAUGGUAUUGGAAGAUCAUUACUUUUGGAAGGCCAGUUAACAUCCAUUUCCUAAGAGAAACUUGACCACCAUUUGCUCUGGCAUGGCGCAAAGCAGCCCGCAGCUUGAUAUUCAGGUUCUCCAUGAUCUCCGACAACGUUUCCCUGAAAUUCCAGAGGGUGUGGUGUCUCAGUGCAUGUUACAGAAUAACAACAAUCUUGAAGCCUGUUGUCGAGCCCUCUCUCAGGAGAGCAGCAAGUACUUAUAUAUGGAAUACCAUAGCCCAGAUGACAAUAGGAUGAAUAGAAAUCGCCUUUUACAUAUUAACCUGGGUAUUCAUUCUCCUAGUAGCUACCACCCGGGAGAUGGAGCUCAACUUAAUGGUGGUCGAACACUGGUACAUAGCUCAAGUGAUGGACAUAUCGAUCCACAGCAUACAGCAGGUAAACAGCUGAUAUGUUUAGUUCAGGAACCACACUCAGCUCCAGCAGUUGUAGCUGCUACUCCCAACUACAAUCCAUUUUUUAUGAAUGAACAGAACCGAAGUGCAGCUACUCCACCUUCACAGCCACCUCAGCAGCCAUCCUCCAUGCAAACAGGAAUGAAUCCAUCCACUAUGCAAGGGCCUUCACCACCGCCACCGCCACCUCCUUCAUACAUGCACAUACCUCGGUAUAGUACAAAUCCAAUUACUGUUACAGUAUCCCAAAACCUCCCUUCUGGACAGACUGUACCAAGAGCUUUACAGAUUCUUCCACAAAUUCCAAGCAAUCUCUAUGGGUCUCCUGGUUCUAUUUAUAUUAGACAGACAUCUCAGAGUUCAUCAGGAAGACAGACUCCUCAGAGCGCACCAUGGCAGUCCUCACCACAGGGCCCAGUGCCUCAUUAUAGCCAACGUCCUUUGCCUGUUUAUCCACACCAACAGAACUAUCAGCCUUCUCAGUAUUCUCCUAAACAGCAGCAGAUCCCUCAGUCUGCUUACCAUUCACCGCCUCCCUCUCAGUGUCCUUCUCCUUUCAGCUCUCCACAGCAUCAAGUGCAGCCUUCCCAGUUGGGCCACCCAAGUUCCCACGUGUUUAUGCCGCCUAGUCCUUCAACUACUCCACCCCAUCUAUAUCAGCAAGGACCUCCUAGCUAUCAGAAACAGGGAAGCCACUCAGUAGCCUAUCUCCCAUACACAGCAUCUAACUUACCCAAAGGUUCCAUGAAGAAGAUAGAAAUUACAGUUGAACCUUCUCAAAGACCUGGGACAGCAAUUACUAGGAGUCCUUCACCCAUCAGUAAUCAACCGUCUCCACGGAAUCAGCACUCACUGUACACAGCCACCACGCCACCUUCAAGUUCUCCUUCACGAGGGAUAUCUAGUCAACCAAAACCUCCAUUUAGUGUUAAUCCUGUGUAUAUCACAUAUACACAGCCAACUGGACCUUCAUGUGCUCCAUCGCCAUCUCCUCGGGUGAUACCAAACCCAACUACGGUGUUUAAAAUUACUGUAGGCCGAGCAACGACUGAAAAUCUUUUAAAUUUAGUGGACCAAGAAGAGCGUUCUGCAGCACCAGAACCUAUUCAGCCCAUUUCAGUGAUACCAGGCUCUGGGGGAGAGAAAGGAAGCCAUAAAUACCAGAGGAGUUCUAGUUCUGGAUCAGAUGACUAUGCCUAUACACAAGCCUUGCUGUUACAUCAGCGAGCAAGGAUGGAGAGGUUAGCAAAGCAGUUGAAACUUGAGAAAGAGGAGCUAGAGCGGUUGAAGGCUGAAGUUAAUGGUAUGGAACAUGACCUGAUGCAGAGACGGCUCAGAAGAGUCAGCUGCACCACAGCGAUCCCCACGCCUGAGGAAAUGACAAGAUUGAGAAGCAUGAACAGACAACUCCAGAUAAAUGUUGACUGUACACUGAAAGAAGUUGACCUCCUUCAAUCUAGAGGAAACUUUGAUCCAAAAGCCAUGAAUAAUUUUUAUGACCACAUAGAACCUGGCCCAAUUGUACCACCGAAACCAUCUAAAAAAGACUCCUCAGACCCCUGCACAAUUGAGAGAAAAGCCCGAAGAAUUAGCGUGACCUCCAAAGUACAGGCAGAUGUCCAUGACACCCAGGCAGCAGCUGCAGAUGAGCAUCUAUCCAGCUCCAAACCGAGUCCUCGGACACAGUCCCGAGAUGAAGACUAUGAAGGGGCUCCAUGGAAUUGUGACAGUUGCACCUUUCUCAACCACCCAGCACUGAAUCGCUGUGAACAGUGUGAGAUGCCGCGGUACACUUGAGCUCAGAAGAGCUGGCACCGGGUUGAAAGUGAAACUUGGAGCACCCGCCAGAAGACAAGGAAACCUCGGGAAUCUCUUCAUCUGCCCAGCCUUUUCAUUUCUGAUUCCCUGGGGGGCGGAGGAGGAGGAAUGGCACCGUGGCCACUGUGCUCACAAAAGGAAAAAUGGGGAGGUCUUUAUUUUUUCCUUUAGCUCAUUGCAGAGUGAGAGGUAGAAAGGGAUACUUGAAACCGGGAAAGGCCUCUCUCCUGAAAGAAUGUACACAGAGAAGUCAAGAGCUCUUCUGUGGAAUCCCAGUCAUUACAGUUACUGCUGAGUGGCCCUUAUUUUUCAAAGUUGAACUUUGAAUCAUGGUAUGAAAUGUUACAGUUUAUGCAGGCAAACUGUGAAUUCCAGAGCAGACUUAUCGGAUUACAUCUGUCUGGGAAACCAAGGCUCCCUGUGCUUCUUUCCUGCUGCUUCCUAUGAAGAGAAGGGUGGGAAAAAGCACCCAAAAUACAUUUUUUGGCAGAAUAAUAAGGGUAUUUGUAAUUGCUGCUUUUUUUCAGGGGUAGUUUCAAACACACAUAUGCACAGAUAUUUUAAAAUGUGAUUUGUAGCAGUCAGGAAUGAGGCAGAUCAUGCCCUUUGUUGGAAGGUACAAUCAGAGGCAGUAAGAUCCCUUUGGUUUGUACAGUGAUUCAUCAACCUGUAUCAACACUGGUAACUAAGACCUAAUUAUGCCACAUAAGAAAUACAUUUUUAAGUUACUAUAGGCUUUUAUUAGGCCUUUGCCUUUAAAAGUUACCCUUACAAAAUACGAUUUUAUAAAUGACAUUCUCAUAAAACUGCGCUUUGCCGAUAGCACAGUGAGUGUAUGCCAAAUGCAAGUCCAUUCCAGAAUUCAUUUGGAAAUCUUCAGCUCAGCUGUGGUUCUUAAGAAAUACUUGUAGUCCAUCAGGCCUUCCCCUCCCCCUUUUAAUUUUGUGAUGAAUUCAUGAUGUUUACAGCACAGAUAAUACGUUGUGCCAUAAUUCUAAUUUAGCUGAAAAAAAUAUUAACUGUUCAAUAAAGAUUUAUUUGCACAUGUUUAUAAAAACGGGAAAAAGUAGUUGGCCAAUAUCAUAAAGUUGUGCACUGCAUUAUUUGGGGAGCAAGAGAAGGCUAGUCAAGAAACAGUACUGGGCUGGGGCUGUACCCCAGUCGUAGAGUGCUUGCCUAGCAUGCACGAAGCUAGGUUUGCUCUUCAGUCCCCCUCCCCACAUACAUAAGAAACAUGAGUACGGAGAAGUUUGAAACAUUUUAAAUUUAAUGAAGCUGUUCUCAGAAAUCAUAUUUGUUCCUGCAGUUCAGGUAAUAUUAAAGCACUAUGAAACAGAACUUAGUGUGAUUCACCAGGGUGCAUCACUGAAAAAUGAGUAACAUUCAAAUAAGCGUAGUUCAGCAUUGGAUUUUGGGAACCCCUCCCAUUUUGGUGAGGAUGAACAGUAGUAAAGUUGGUAGGUUUUCCCAUCCCAAAGGUUUUGCCUGAGGUUAUAACCUUAGGAAUACCAGGUGUCCGUCCUGCAUACACAUACACUCUGUGCUGUCAUUGUAUUCUAAUUUAGCGGUAAAAUCUGACAGACCUGGAAAAACAAGCUGCACUUAAUAGCAUAAUGAAACCAAAGGCAUAACUCAUCAAAGUUUUCCAUCAAAAUCAUAACUUCACACACUGCCUACAGCUUUCAAAACAUUUUUUCAUAUAUGGAAUAACUCCCCAAAAUAUAGUCACUUGUUUCCCAAGGUAAGCAUGGUUAUGUAAUUACACUGAUAAAACAUCUUUUAAUACAAUAACUGGCAAAACUGUGAAAAUAAUGGUGAGAAAGCAGAUGGGUGUAAAAGCACGAACAGUGAUCUUUAAAGGAUUUUGUAACACUGGUUUCUGUCAGUCUCUAAUAACCCAGUCUAUUAGUCCUACUGUUCUGUAAAAUGCCUUUGCCUUCGUGUGGUUUCAUAUCUUGUUAGUGAUGGUCAGCAUCACUUGGUGUUAAGAAACAGUUCAAGGGAAAAAUAUAUACAUACAUAUAUAUACUGCUUGGUGUUCUAGCUAAAAAGGUUUACCAGUAUUCAUAGUGAUACGCCGAAGUGGUGGCAGUUAACUUGGCAGUUGUCAGUUGAAAAUGAAAGUAGCAUGUCUGAAAACAGUCUGAUGCAGUGCUUUAUUAAAACCAUGUAGAUGACUUUAAAACUUGCAUGAAAAUACACCAAGGUUAAUAAACUGUUAUCAUACAGUAGAUGCAUGGUUUCAGUCCUUUGAUGAGAUAUCCAGUCAAUCAUUGCUUUCACCUGCCAGGAAGAGUGAGGAAACAGUCUGUUUGCUAGGUAUGGAGGGUGGAGUUUGAAACAUCAAAGAUAGACUUUAAGGAAGCUUUGUACACAUUAAUUUUCAAUUGUGCACAAGUUUCACAUUCCAACAUAGGCUAUAUCCAGUUUUGAAAAGUGAGCAAAAAAUAAUUUGACACUGAUAAAUUUGAUACAUUUAACUGUGUCCCAUAUAGACUGCUUCUUGCUUAUGACCAGUUUUAGUAAGAAUUCACCCAACUUUCAAGGUGACUUUUUAAAAGGAUCUCCUGGUUAGUUUGGUGUGCGUAAACAAUUGGCAUAUGUGUGAGGGUAUAAUGGGGUGACGCCUGGCUGCUAGGGUGCCUGUGUUUUCAGUUAGCUGGUGCACUCCUUGAUUGUUGUAAGAGGCUUGUUUUCUUAAAAUAUGUCUGGUUUGAUGUACCUGUAACAUACAGACCUGACUAUACGUUUUACAUUACAUUAUUUCACUUUAUUGUAAACUGGGUUUUUACAGAGCAUGUUUGCCAUUUUGUGUAAGUACAUUGCCCCUUAAAUUUUGGCGUUCUUUAAAAGUUUAAAGUGGUAACAGAGGAGCCAGAAGUUUUCUAAGCAUUGUAAAAUGUAUUGAAUUAAUAUUGAUCUAGCUUGGGAGAGAGUAGAGGCAGGGGGUUUUAAAGAAACAAAUGCAUUGUAAAAAAUGUAGUUUUAGAACAGAUUAAUGAUGGUGGGGAAAGUGUUGCUAAUUUGUUUAUUUCCCUGGAAGACAUGGGAAGUGUGGUAAGCAGUUUAAUUUUUAAGGAGCUGGUCUCAAUUUUAGUACUUUUUAAUUCUAAAAAAAAAUCAAUGUUUCCUUAAAUUUUGUCAUUGCUUUGUCACAAUUAUUUAGGGUUCAUAUCCUUCCUGUGGCAACUCAAUUUUAUAUAGUAUUUUAAAAGGUAAUUGUAAUGUCUUUCUGACAGUAUAAACAAAAAGCAAGAAUAUAAAGCAUAGAAGAAUUGUCCUUUAAAAACAUCCAUGAUGUAUCCUGGAAUGUGAAGAUGUCCCUUUAUUGUUAAAAAUUGAAUUAUUUUAAUAUUGUACCAUUGUUAGACCUUAAAUAAGUCUUUGUUACAGUGUGUUUGUAUAUCUGUAGAGAAAGGAAAACAAUGGAAAUGUUACUUUAAAAAAAUCAGAAUAAAUUGGGCACUGUCUGUGUUGCACCACUACUGUAUCUUUUUGAAAGAAUUAACAGUAUUUUCCUAUUGUGAAAGUUAAUUCUGAUGAUGUUUUCACAUUCACCAGACAUUUUUUUCUGUAUUAUUUGCAUCCCCAAAUAUUUAAUACAAGUAGAUUUUGCAUGGCUUGGGCAUUCAGAGAUUAAUAGAAUGACAACUCAGUUUUAAUUUCUAAAGCCAUGAAAGGUUGCUUUGAGACUGAACAAUUCUGAAUUUUUAUUUAUAAUGACAACCAAUGUCCAUGUUUCUCUCCCUGCUGUAAAAGAAUUGAUCAGUUUCUUCAUUAAAGCAGUAAGAACUUAUUAAAUCAUGUAAAUAUCAUGUGUCUUUUAGAUUUCUGUGUAUGCUGUGAAUGACAUUAUUUUGAGAUGAAAUUGUACAAAGGCAUUUGAAAGGCUAUGCAUGCAUCGUACCUCCGAACAAUACAUAUUCAGAAAGUCAAAGAUUCCUGCAAAAUAAAUUAAUAAACUAAAAGCAA